GAUAUUUUAGUAGCAAUUUUGUCUUCCAAGCGAGCACAUAUUCUUUGUUUUUGGUUUUCCUUGCGUAUUUUGUUUAUUGAUAUCUUUUGUUGGAUAUUGUAAAAUUGAAUUAAUUGGAAUUGUAACGCAUACGCCAUGGUCUUCUGGACGUUAGUGAUCGGUGCGAUCAUAAUCGCUUGGCUCUACAAACUAAAUAAGGAUUAUGUGGUGCUGACAUUAUUUACCAAGCGAGUGAAAACAGUUGAUGGUACGCCCUUGGAGAAUUCAGUGGCGCUGUGCAAGGGACGCACAAUAUUUGGCAAUGCCUUCGAUUUCUCUGUAUCCCCUGAUAACAUGUUCGACUUCUCCCGCAAACUUGCUGCCGAAAUGAAACGUAGUUAUGUACUAUAUGGAUUAUUCACACCUUUUUACAACAUUAUUACCGCUGAGGAUGCUGAACUAGUGAUGAACGAUCAAAACAAUCUAACCACUAAGGGUAUUAUUUAUAAUUUUUUGGAGCCAUUCCUAAAUAGAGGACUGCUGACGUCAUCGGGUAAAAAAUGGCACUCUCGUAGAAAAAUGCUGACUCCUGCCUUCCAUUUUAAUAUACUUGGACAAUUUGAAGAAAUUUUUAAAGAAGAGAGUAAAAAAUUUGUGGAGAGUUUAGAAGCCGGCGAUUUAAGCUCUGUAACUUUAAACGAAAUCAUACCAAAGUUUACACUGAACGCCAUUUGUGAGACCGCAUUGGGUGUCAAAUUGGAUGAGCAAAUGAAUGCCGAUCAAUAUCGCGCCAGCUUCAAAAUGAUCGAGGAAGUGUUUUUGAUGCGUAUCCGUAAUCCAUUUUAUAUCCUCGAUUCCGUAUACAAAGUAUUUUUAGCGCCUAAAGUUGCGAAACACAUUUCAAUUGUGCAUAAUUUCUCCAGUGAGAUUAUUGACAAGCGACGUCAAGUAUUCGCGGAAGAGCCGGAGCAUAGUGAAGACAAGGCGGAUGACAACCAAAGCUUCUAUACGAAAAAACGCCACGCCAUGUUGGACACACUCUUGCGCGCCGAACGCGAUGGACUCAUUGAUCAUGUGGGCAUAUGCGAAGAAGUGGACACAUUUAUGUUUGAAGGAUUCGACACCACAUCGAUGGCGCUCUUAUUUUCACUUAUGAACCUUUCACUAUACCCAGAAAUGCAAGAACGCUGUUAUCAAGAAAUACUUGAACAUGUUGAAGAUGAUUUGAGCCAAUUGGACAUUCAGCAGCUGGCCAAACUGAAGUAUCUGGAGUGUUUCAUUAAGGAGACCCUACGUCUAUACCCCUCAGUGCCGGUUAUAGGGCGUGAGGUUACGAAUGAAACCCGCCUUGCCAAUAACCUAAUAUUGCCGAAAGGUUCUCAAAUAAUCAUACAUAUAAUAGAUAUACAUCGAAAUGCUAAGUACUUUGAGAAUCCUGAUAAAUUCGAUCCGGAACGCUUCACGCCUGAGGCGUCAGCCGGUCGACAUCCUUUCGCGUACGUGCCAUUCAGCGCAGGACAAAGAAAUUGUAUCGGACAAAAAUUCGCUAUGCUCGAGCUCAAGACGGUUUUGGUUAACAUCAUGAAGAAAUUUAAAAUUUUACCUCUAAUGAAGGAUCAAGAUAUAAAGCUCCAAUCCGGCAUGGUUAUAAGGACACCAAAUAUCAUUAAAGUGAAAUUGGAAAAAAGAGUUUGAAGAGUGAAGAAAGAGAGUUUUUAAAUAGUCAAGCGACAUCAGUGAAUUUAGAAAAAAUCAAACUUUAUUUUAUAAAAUGUACAGUAUUGUUUUUUGAAAAUUUGUGUGAGUUUGACAGCUGUCAACUGAUCAGCUGUCUGAUAAUCAAUGCAACUCAGUGUUCAUGUUUUCUGUUUUAUAUGUAAAUAUGUUUGUGUUUAAUUUAUUGUGGUUAUUUCUUUAUUUAAGUUUGCUCUGGAAUUUGUUAUACUUAUACAUAUAUCAUUGUUUAAGAAUUAUAUAAUUUUUUAAUGAUGUUGAGACAUGAAUUUAAUUAAUAUACUAAUUUUAAAAUAUUCUUAAUAAAAUGUAUGAUUUUGAGCCAGA